GAAGUGCGUCGUUGAUGAAAUACUUUUGUGCUGGUAAAAUCCUUUUAGAAUAUCACAAUUACUUAUAUAAGAAUUGUUAAGAAAUCUUGGUCACUGCGGGUGGACGUCGUGGUCUCUUACAAUUGAACGAAGUUUGAGGGAAGCCAACUCUGUAUCCGAUCGCCCGGACUCCAGUCCCACCCUGGACACUGUCGUCGCGGUACCCCACACCUUGCAGACCCAGCAGUCGUCACUGUGGACCCGACGGCAACAAGCGGUCUGUGUGCGUCAUGCCUUCAAGCAUUACGGCUCGAAGAAGAACCCGAACCACGUGUUGAGCAACCUGAAUAUGACUGUCGCAAAGGGGACCAUAUACGGUCUGCUAGGUGCAAGUGGCUGUGGUAAGACAACACUACUCAGUUGCAUUGUGGGAAGGCGACGACUCAACACUGGCGAGAUCUACGUGCUGGGCGGCAAGCCGGGCACGAAGGGCAGCGGAGUGCCCGGCCGGAGAGUGGGGUACAUGCCUCAGGAGAUUGCAUUGUAUGGGGAGUUCUCAAUUCGAGAGACGAUGAUGUACUUUGGAUGGAUCUUCAGCAUGGGCACUUCAGAAAUCAAUGAACGGUUGCAGUUUCUUCUCGACUUCCUUGAUCUGCCAAGUCAGAACCGACUUGUGAAGAAUCUCAGUGGAGGCCAACAGCGCCGAGUUUCAUUUGCCGUAGCACUGAUGCAUGAUCCUGAGCUUCUGAUCCUAGAUGAGCCGACAGUGGGAGUUGACCCACUGCUGCGGCAAAGCAUAUGGAAUCAUUUGGUGCAGAUAACCAAAGAUGGAAACAAAACAGUGAUAAUUACCACACAUUAUAUAGAAGAAGCAAGACAGGCACAUACAAUUGGUCUGAUGCGUAGUGGAAAGUUGCUGGCAGAAGAGUCUCCACACGUUCUGCUUUCUAUGUAUGGCUGCCAGUCACUGGAAGAAGUAUUUCUUAAACUGAGUCGCAAACAAGGCAGCAAUACCAACGUCACCGAGCUGAACAUUUCAAACAACGUGUCGCUGGCUUCGUUGCACAGGGGCCACAAGGAUGAACCAGUGUACAUUACAGAGGAAAGCGGAGUUGUCGGCCUCAACUUCCAUCAGUCUAAAGAAGUUCUUAUCACAGAUUCAGCCAAUGGACUCAACCAUUAUGACAUGAAUGGGAAGGCUGGAAAUGGAGGGAAGGCAGAGACAUCGGUUGCCUGCGACGACUUAACUGACUGCUGCCAACUUACGACUGCGGGUAAGAUGCGAGCUCUGCUACAGAAGAAUUUUCUGCGCAUGUGGAGGAAUGUGGGGGUGAUGCUGUUCAUCUUUGCACUGCCAGUGAUGCAGGUGAUCCUGUUCUGCCUCGCUAUUGGACGCGACCCCACAGGACUUCGGCUUGCCAUCGUGAAUCACGAACUGAACUUCACUGGAGAAAGAUGUGAAUACAAUACUGGCUGCAGUUUUAAGAUGCUCAGUUGUCGAUAUUUACAGAAUCUCAAUAAUGAAUCUAUACAAAAGGUUUAUUACCCAUCACCAGACACUGCUCUUAAUGCUGUUAGAAGUGGUGAGGCGUGGGGCGUCCUGUACUUUACAGAGAACUUCACCGACGCGCUGGUGGCUCGGAUGGCUCUCGGCAAGGACUCGGAUGAGGAGACCCUCGAUCAGAGCGAGAUCCGAGUGUGGCUCGACAUGUCCAAUCAGCAGAUUGGACUGAUGCUGAAUCGAAACCUGCAGUUGUCAUAUCGAGAUUUUGCCCAGACACUGUUAACAGCUUGUGGAGACAACCCCAAACUGGCAGACAUUCCAAUCCAGUUCAAAGACCCGGUCUAUGGAAGCAAUGAACCCAGCUUCACUGACUUUGUGGCUCCAGGUGUUAUUCUGACGAUUGUAUUCUUCUUGGCCGUUGCACUUACAUCAUCAGCGCUGAUUAUCGAGCGAAUGGAGGGUUUGCUGGACCGCAGUUGGGUAGCAGGAGUAACGCCAUUUGAGAUCUUGUUCUCGCACGUGAUAACGCAGUUUGUGGUGAUGUGUGGUCAAACAGCACUGGUGCUUAUCUUUAUGAUUAUUGUGUUUGGAGUUGAGUGUAAGGGCAAUGUGCUGUCAGCUGUGAUCCUGACGAUUCUACAAGGACUCUGUGGCAUGUGUUUUGGAUUUGUUAUAUCAGCGAUAUGCGAACUAGAAAGGAACGCCAUUCAGCUGGCCCUGGGGAGCUUCUACCCCACUCUGCUACUCAGUGGCGUGAUCUGGCCAAUAGAGGGCAUGCCAUGCGUCCUGCGCUACAUCAGUCUUGGUCUGCCGCUGACGAUGGCAACCACAUCGCUCCGCUCCAUGCUGUCACGAGGGUGGUCAAUUGUGGAACCUGAUGUGUACAAUGGCUACAUAGCAACAAUAAUUUGGAUUGUUUUGUUCCUUAGUAUCAGCAUGGCUGUCCUCAAGUUUAAGAGAGGUUAACUCAUAUUGGUACUCUGCACACUGUGCCAAAAUGCCUGGCCUUAGCGCAAGACCACAAUGUAGAGUUGCGAUGCAUGAAGUGCUUAAUGUACUGUGAUCAUUUUAAGGAUCUAUGUCCUCAGAGCAGAAGCAGUGACGUUCUGUAAGCUUGUAGUGCGCGUUGUGUGUGUGGUGUACCCAUGGUGCCUCUCGCAUUACCCCAAUCAAGAAAAUAUUAAUGAAGUGCUCAAAUGUUUAUGUAUUAUGGGGUACUGCGAUGUAAUUAAGUUAAUAGCUCCUUGCGAUUUGAGGUUCUCAUGACAGUAAAGAUGAUGAUGAUGAUGUUCUUCUGGGUUUUGAUGUCAUACCGACUUGGAGGUAGAUAUCGGCACGUUUCCCUAGACGUUUGGUGUUUAUAUGCAAGUCUACAUGGCCUCAUAAACCAGAUGAACAGCGUCGCCACAUUAAUGGCUCAAUUUAUUAUAGUCCUGGACAGCUAACUUGAGUUUUAAUAUUUCUGAACUGUAUUUUGUUUUUUUGCAAGGUAAAUAUUUUUACGUGCAUAGUUAUUUUAGAGUGCGAUAGUCGUAACUUUGUUUAGAACUGGUUCCGUGAACAGAGAGUCCUGGUGGUAUACUGCUUAAAUUGUGGUAGAAAUGUUGACCACACACAGGGUAAAUAGAGUCAAAUUCAUUCUGUCUCUAGUUCGAAUCUUAUACACUAGGGUUAACACGCACUUAAUACCAUUUUAUUACUUUGGAAAGAUGCAUUAUGUAUGAUCCAUAUUUAAGUUUGUAUGCCUAAGAACAAUAUAAUCCAGCAGAUAGAAUUUUCAGUUUACAGUCAUGACUGAAAAGGUCAGGUACAGAACUUAAAUCUGUUCUUCUAUACGCUUUUACUGCAGCCUAAUAAUAUUUUUGUGUUUCUGUGGAUGGUCUGAGUCAUUAAUUAUGCAGUUUGUUUCUGACUUCACGAUGUCUCUGUAGCACUUACAGAUCGACAUCAGUGAGCCGGUGUAACUUGGUCAAUGUAGUGUCUGACUGUGCACUGGGUGGCCAGUUUUUGAUCCCUCAUGGGGGGAAAAUGAUUUUAGCAUUCUCACGAAUUUUCGCGCUGUUUUUGACAGACAGAAAUGUGAGAAGUGCCGCAUCUGACAAGACUAACCAGACCACUUAAAUGAGAGGAAUAUAAAGUAAAUGUACCACUAUUUUGCAUUACCUCACAAACCGACUUCUAGGCAACGAUUUUCCCGCUGCCUAGAAGUCGGAGUCUGAUGACUCGGUUGGUCCUUACAGAGUCACGAAGCUCAGUUCUGAACAUUGUUCUGGGAAUUAAUGAGAAACUGUAACGUAAUUAUAUACGUGCAGGAGACUGAUUUUGAUUCAGGAAGUUACGUAAUUUCGUUUAGUUGCAUGAUUUUAUGUUUUGUGAAGAACUGUUGUAGGUUUUCCAGAGCAAGACAUGUGGAUGAGUAUUUGCGUAAAGUGAUUUAAUUGAUACUGGAUUGCGAUUGGAAUCUUGUGUUUUUCAAAGUUGUAUAUUAAAUGGUGAUAAUCAGGCUUCCUCUC